AUGUCGGUGGCGUUUUCAUCGGCGCGCCCCAGGAGUAAAGGGGAGGUGACACAGCAAACCAUUCAAAAGAUGCUGGAUGAAAAUCACCAUUUAAUACAAUGUAUAAUGGAUUACCAAAGCAAAGGCAAGACAGCUGAAUGCACACAGUAUCAGCAGAUCCUGCACAGAAAUCUUGUUUACUUGGCCACGAUAGCAGAUUCCAAUCAGAACAUGCAGUCACUACUACCUGCACCUCCCGCUCCCAACAUGUCCGUGGGUCCCGGAGGGAUGGGCCAGAGCGGAGGACACGCUCCAAGCAACCUCAAUGACAACAUGGCACCAGGACUGCCUCCCACAUCAAUGAUCCAGAGCCAGAUGAGCAAUGGCCCCAGCCAUGCCCCCAUGCAGCAGCAGUCCGGUCAGCUGCAGUCGGCAGUUCCCUCCGGGUCCCUCGGCCUGCCAGCCAGCAGCUACGGUGGCUCGGCCUCAGCCUCCGGCUACAGCCACGCUGUGCCCUCCUCCCAGGGCAGCAUGAUCCAGGGCCCCGGGCCUGGCUAUGGCUCUUCCUCCUCUUCUUCCUCCACAUCCUCAUCCUCCUCUUCCUCCUCCCGCAGCAACCUCAACAUGCAGUCCAACCAAGUCUCUAUGAUGCACCAACAGUCUGCCACUCCACACUACUCUUCAGCCCAGUCUGGGGGGCAACACUAUCAGGGACAGCAGGCCAUGGGCAUGAUGGGUCAGGGCAGUCAAGGAAACACUAUGAUGUCUCAGAGGCCCAUGGGAUCCUACCGCUCCUCACAGCAAGGAUCUGCACAGCAGUACAUGGGACAGGACGAGUUCUACGGAGAGCAGUAUGGACACACUCAGAGCUCCAGCGAGCCCAUAAACCAGCAGUAUUACCCUGAUGGUCAUGGGGAGUACUCAUAUCAACAGUCCUCAUAUGGUGAGCAAGGCUAUGACAGGUCCUUUGAUGAGUCCUCACAGCACUACUAUGAAGGAGGUAACUCUCAGUACAGUCAGCAGCAGGCCCAGUAUCAGCAGGGCUCUGGUCAGCAGCAGCCCUUCAGCCAGCAGCAGUACUCCUCUCAACAAGGCUACAGUGGACAGCCACAGGGAUACGGUCCUGGCCAGGGUGGGUCCUCCCAGUAUUCUCAGUAUCAGCAGGGUCAAAGCCAACAGUAUGGCUCCUACCGCUCCUCCCAGGGAGGCCCUGGAGCACAGACGCAGAGGCCCUAUGCCUACGAACAGGGUCAGUAUGGAAAUUAUCAGCAAUAA